AGACCCAAAUUAGCGCUGCAGAAAUGGCGGCGGACGGUGUUAGCCUCUCGCUGAAGCUCCCCUGCGUUUUUUCACCCAAAUCGCGACAAUUCUUAGCCGUGUGUGCCCAAGAUGGCAGACUUCGGGUCUGGAACACGGACAGUAAAACCCUUCACCAGGAAUAUGUGCCUUCAGCCCAUUUAAGCGCCACCUGUACGUGCGUAGCUUGGGGACCAUGCCGGACAGUGAAGGAGGGGCCUCAGAGGAAGAAGAGGAAAUCAGAGGCAGCCCAGGUGGAGGAGAAGGCUGAUCUGUUGGCUAUGGGUACAGCAGCCGGAACCGUCCUCAUCUACAGUACGGCGAAGGGAUCCCUGCACUGCACUCUGGAUGGAGGUCACAGUGGAGGAGUGAACUGUGUCCACUGGCAUCCAGAAGACAGCUUGUUAUACAGCGGCUCAGAUGACACAAACAUCGUGGAGUGGGACCUGCAGACUGGGAAGACACGGAGUAAGUGGAAAGCAGACCGAGCAGCAGUAACCAGUUUAUGUGUGAGUCCCGAUGGAAAACUUCUGCUCUCGGCUGGACACGUGAUCAAAAUGUGGGAUUUAGAGACAAAGGAGGUUUACAGGAAAUUCACAGGCCACUCCACGGCUGUGACAACUUUGCGAUUUGCCACCACACGGCCUCCUGACAGCAACGGCCUUUACUUUCUGUCAGGAGCAGCACACGAUCGACUGCUCAGUGUUUGGCAAGUACGAGAAGAUGGCAAGGACAAAAACUCUGUGGUUUCCUUCACUUUGACUGAUGAACCCCAACACGUCGACCUCAUCACAUCCAGUAGCAAGGAAGAGGCUGUGAGGCUGGCAGUAGUGUGUAAGGAUGGACAGCUGCAUCUGUUUGAGCACUUUUUAAAUGGGCCUUGUAAGAAGCCCCUGGCACCAUUGUGUUCGGUGCAGAUGUCUGACACAAAGGAUUCCCCGAUGCCGAUCCCGCUGCUGGCCGCUGCCCUCGUAGCCGAUCCGCGGUCGGUGCUGCUCGCAUACGGCAACCAUCUCCAGCCCGUUAUGGAGAAUGCGGAGAUUAAUACUGCAGAGAGACAUGUCUGUUUGACUCGAGACAUUAAGACCAACCUGUCCCUUUCUUUGGAAACCACUGUCUCUAAGGUGAAAACUCCAAUCGUCAACGCCAAGAGCAAAGUUUUGAUUCCGGGGCUGCCUGGUCACAAAGCUCCAGUAGUGUCGGCUCCAGAAGGAAGAGAAAAGAGGAAAAAAGACGCAGGCAACAAAGACAUGUCCAUAGCGGAGCGGCUUGGUGAAAUGGACCUUGAAGCAUCUUCCAGCCAGAAAGGAGCUCCUAAAAUGCCGGCCUCGCUGCAGACGGACAACUAUGCAGUCCUGCUGAUGCAGGGCUUGGAGAGCAAGGAUGCCAACAUCCUAAAUAAAGUUUUACAGACCCGUAAAGAGGUGGAAAUUAAAAAGACGGUAGCUCGAUUACCGCUGCCUGCUGUCAUACCGUUGGUUGAGGAGCUAACAACGAGGCUCCAAGGAAACCCUUUAAUGGCGUGUAUGAUGGUAAGAUGGCUCAAGGCGGUCCUGGUGCACCACACAUCAUACCUGGCAUCACUGCCAGACCUGGUCACCCAGCUGGGCGUCCUGUAUCACAUGAUCGAGAGCAGAGUGAAGAUGUUCCACAAACUGACAAAACUGCACGGGAAGCUGCAUCUCCUAACGACCCAGGUGGCAGCAAACGACGGCAGAAACUCUGUGUCAAAUGUCGACCAUACAGCUAAACUGGUGUAUGAGGAAGAGUCAUCUGACGAAGAGGAGGCCUCUGGUGACGAAGCUCUUCCCAAUGAAGACUCUGAUCACUGGGAAGAAGAGGAGGCGAUGCAGGAAGACGAAGGUGACGAAGAAGAUGAGGAUUCAGAUAGCAGAACCGAGCCCAAAGCAAACGGAGACGAAGACAUGGAGCACGAAAAUGAGAGUGAAGAAGAAUGAGAACAAAACAAUUUCAACUAUCCAUACGGACCUGAAAGAGUUUAUAUAUGAACUGUCGUUUUAUUUUCAAACUUUUUGAUUUUAUUACCAAAAAAAAAAAAAAAAAAAUGAAGGGACACAUUUCAUGUAGGCCUUCCCUGCCUCUCCACGUCGGCUUGACCGCUGACAUCUCCAGCUUGUGGUUCUUCUCACCGACUGAGCAACGUUCGGUGAAACUACAACUGAUGCAAAUCCUCAACUGUUCUGCGCCAGCCUGCAUCUCAGCUCCACAUCCACCAUCAUAGAAAAGCUCGGCUGCUGUUCAGUUCGUCUUCUGCAUUCCUAAAUGUGUCCUUAAUAAGUAAAGUAUUAGAACAUUGUUUGUUCAUAGUAAUAUCAGUCUCUCUGACUGGUUUAAUUUAACUCUGGAGCAAACGCAUGCAAGCUGAGCACUGGAGUGGAGCUGGGAUGCAGACGAGCCUCCGUUUGUCAAGGAUACAGGAGGUGGGACUGCAGGGUGAGACCAUUCAGUUCCACACAGUGUAAAUCUAUAUGUACAGUGAAGUGUUUGUAUGAGCUCUUCCCUCUACAUAAAUCUUUGGAAUUAAAUGAACUUCUGUAAAGUCUCCUGAAUGACAUCUCUUUACUGUUUUGUUUUUUAAACAUGUCCCGUCUUAAACUGGUUUCUCUCCACUGCCUUCUGCUUCAACCCCCCACCAGUGCCAAGCAGAGGACCAGCUAACUGAAACGAAUCAGGACUUUUGUGCCGAGUCGAGUGGAUGAACGAGUUUUGACUUUACCGUCGGAGGUUGUUUGCGCGUUUCAGAGGUGUUGCAGAGUGGCUGGUGAAACGGAUCGAGGUCAGAGUUCAGCAGAUGACGAUCCAGAAGUAGAUGGGGUGUGUGAUGCAGUCAAGCAAAAGGACCAGGAAUGUCUGAUAAAAUAAAACUUCCUUCCUGAAAUGUACUGGAUUUUAUCACCUGAAAGAUUCUUGAACCAUCUCCAGAAAUACUGUGAUAGAAACAUACAGCCCCAUUUUGCUAACGCCCAGUGUUUAUAAAGAGGGUUUUAUGUUGAUUGUAAAUUUAGUGAGCACCUUUUGGUUUAUGACUUGAUGUGCCACACUGAAUUGAGAAAUUGUAUUUUUAAGUCAACAUACUGAAAUGUGUUUUCUUUAUUUUUAGCAGCAAUAACUCCGAGUCAUCAGUUUCUAUAUUACUGAGUCUUGUGUGAAUUUUUUUUUUAAAUUUUAUUUUAUUUUAUUUUUUUACUGCUUACCUGUUUCUGCUGAGCUUUCUUAUAGUUCCACCAACACACAAUUUGAGAUCUGGACUUCAGUGAGACCUUUGCAGUACCUUUAUUCUUUUUUGGCCUUUUUGUUGUUGAUCUGAUGCUUUGAUUUAGAUCAUUGUAGUGCUUGGUGAGUCUUGCACGUUAUCUAACAAAUUUCUGAGGACAAAACAAAACAGCUGGAUUUAUACUGUGAUUAAAUCAUACAUUGGUGAA